AUGUUCCGCGCAGCAUCACGGCGCGCGAGUGCGCAUGCCGCAAAACUUCUACAACCACAGCCAAAGAGUCUGGCCCGCUCAAUACACAUCAACAGCACCACCCGGCCAACCCUCCAACCGCGAAUCAACAAUGGCAAACCACUCGCAAGCCCAUACAUCUCUGGCACACGACACCUCACGAUCCUGCAGAAAAUCAGCCGCAAAUACCGCGAAGCAUCUAAAGGAAUCUGGCGCAAGAACCCCAUUCUCAUGCCACUAGCCAUCUUCUCCGUUGUCGGCGGAGCCUUCAUCUUCGCCUAUAUCUCCUACGUUGAAGUGACACGUGUUGGGCCGCAGUACCACAAAUUCCCGCCACCAGUGGCCGACGCUCUCCGCACGGCUGUGUAUUACACCGAGAUCGAUCUCAACCCGGCCAAGGCAAUGAAGGCGUACAGAGAGGCGCUUCAUAUCGCAUUUGAAAUGGGUAUACACCCAUACUCGGAUGAGAUACUUGGAAUCAAGUUGCAGGUUGCUAUGAUGCUGGAGAAGGCUGGACUUGUGAAGCCGGCGAUUGAUGUGUUGGAGCGAACGAAGCACGAGACUCUGGCCUGGGUGGACGAAGUCACAGCAGGAAAUGCUGCUGCUGCCGCCGAGAAGGUGAAGCAAGCGCAAGCGCAGGCGCAGGUGCAGACCGAGGUGCAGACAACUUCCAAUGUCCAGGUUGAUACCGAGGCAAUUCGGGAAACCGAGGAGGACUUGAAAGCAAGGGCGCAAUACGAGACUCGUCAGCGAGACAAAGCCCUCAAGAAAGUUGUCGGCAUUGCGAUGAAGCUUGGCGAGCUCUAUUCUAGCGAGUAUAUACAGGACGAGAAGAAAGCUGAGGCUGCGCAGGUCGCUGCUGUGGAGAUCUGUUUAAAGGAAAUGCACCGCCGCCAGAGACUGGGACUUCCCGUUGGAAGUUCUAGCAGUGGUGAGGGGUCAGAGGGCGAGGCAUGGCUGAACCUCACUGAGAUCGCGACGGCGUUGGCUGAGCUGGCCGCUACCUAUACCGCCAAGGAGCGGUAUGAACUGGCUAUGCCGCUGUAUAUGCGUGCGUUGGAUUUGAUCCGCGCUGCUGAAGGAACCUCUAUUUCUUGCAAGCAGGUGGUGCUGCUGAACGAUGUCGCUACCGCUCUAGUCGGCCAGGUUCAAGUGCCCGCCAAGUCUCAACCACAGCAACCUGUUGCAGCACAGCAAACUGUUGAGGCUGCCCAGAAAUGGGCAGAGAAGGCCAUUGAGGUUGCGGCGCACAUUAAACCCCCGCUACGUGACGAGGAGUGUGACAUUACUUGCGUGGUUGCGACAUAUAACCUGGGCGAGCUGGCUGAGCUUCAAAAGAAGCCAGAGGUUGCUAAGCAACGGUAUACUGAGGCCAAGGCGUUGGCCGAUGGGAUUGGAUACGAAGAAGGAAGUACGAUGGCCCAGGAGGCAUUGAAGAGACUUGGAAAGAAAUAA